CCUCCCUCCUGUAGAAAGAUCCCCCCUCCUCCCCCCGCUCCGGUUGGCCUCGCCCUCGCCUCGCCCGCGCUUUCCAGGAGACGUGGAGAAGUCCAUUCGCAGGGCGGGGGUGUUUCGGAUCCGCUCUCCCGCUUUCUUGGUGCUCGUCCCUGGUACAGGGGAAGAAGGGGGUCUCUCGGCGCCAUGGACUCCUCCGGCUCUAAGGGCUGCAUGGACCAGUUUCUCACCUUCAUCCGCUCCCAUAAGGGCAUGAUCCUCGCUGCGGAAAUAUGCGGCUGUAUUCUGAUCCUGAUCUGCUAUGGCGCUUCAAGGACACCUGGGUACACAUCAUUGGCCAUUUGCAUGUUGAUUUACUGCAUCGUGAUGUUUAUAAUCUACACGUGUGCAUUGGACAGUCAGAUUGGUUUCAUCCACUGGGGAUGGACUGAUUUCAUAAGAGCUCUCAUAGGAGCCGUUGCUUUUCUCAUUACCUCCCUAAUUGUCCUCAUUGGGCACUAUGAUGGAGCUGGCAUCGCUGCUGGGGUGUUUGGAAUUCUUACUGGGAUCCUCUUUGGUUAUGAUGCUUACACCAUCUUACCGAAGCUGAGAAGAGCACACACAGCAGCUCCCACCGAGCCUACAGAAGGGAUCUGAAAAGGCCAUUUCUCUGGUUCGUCAUGAUGGCACACCAGACAGGACCCAUCACCUCUUGCUUCCCACCAGAAGAAUAUCCCAAUCUAUUUGGCAACGUUUCUCUUCCUCUUCUCCUCUUUCUCUUGAUGUCUCCCUUUGGGAGGCAAAUUCCAUCCGACAGAUCAUUCUUCUCCCCUAAUCUUGAGAGCCAGCAUAACAUAGUGCUUUGAGUGUUGGGGUCAGGGUUUGAGUCUCUGCUCAGCCAUGGAAA